AGGUAAUCUUCCAUAGACAUAGACGAUCUUCGGCACAAAGUAGGCGUUCAGUUUCUCCCUCCCUCCGUGGGUCAGCGUGGGCGGCCCCGUGUGGCAGGAGCAGAGCGAAACACGACACCCCGCCAAAGGAAGGGGGGCAGAGAGAGAGCACGAAGUGUCUGGGUGAGUGGAAAAAGUCUGAGGGAAGGAGAAAGAACAGGAGUCGGUACUUUUGUUCGCCUCUGAAGCACCGCUGUUGGACUGUUGCUGAGGAUGAGGAGGGUGAUGAUGAUGGUGAGGAGGAGGAAUCGACCAUGCGACAUGGCUGCAACAAACGGGAUGAACAUUUAGACUCGUCACAUUCCGUUGCUCCAGCUCUGAGCAGCACGGCUCCUCCAAACUUUGACCUGCGCCAUUCAGACCCUGGCGGCUGGAUUUCCCCCCCUCCUGAGACUCGGGGCAACUUUUCCGCACCAAAACCCCCGCAAGUGAACGAAAAUACUCCGGCGCAAAAGUUUCUGGGCAGGCGUAGAUGUGUCGCGUUAUACCGCUAAACUCCAUGCGAAGUUUGCGGCUGGUUUUCAAGUUGAAAGCGGAGCCCGUAAUCGGCGCAGGCUCCUUCUAACAAGCCGCCUGUGAGAACAACACCGGAGGAAGGAGUGGGGGUGUCGCUGCUAACUUCGCUAGCUAACUUUGCUAAGCGCUAGCCAACAAACACUCAAAAGUUGACGGGGAAAGUGAGCGAAGCGGCUGCGGCUCACCGAAGACUACCACAAAGAUGAAAACCCCGGCGGACACGGGGUUUGCCUUCCCAGAGUGGGCCUACAAGCCAGAGUCGAGCCCGGGCUCCAGGCAGAUCCAGCUGUGGCACUUCAUUCUGGAGCUGCUCCGGAAAGAGGAGUACCAUGAUGUCAUCGCCUGGCAGGGAGACUACGGAGAGUUUGUCAUCAAGGACCCAGACGAGGUGGCCCGCCUGUGGGGGGCGAGGAAGUGUAAACCGCAGAUGAACUACGACAAGCUCAGCAGAGCACUCAGAUACUACUACAACAAGAGGAUCCUACACAAGACCAAAGGGAAGAGAUUCACCUACAAGUUCAACUUCAACAAGCUAGUGCUGGUCAAUUACCCCUUCAUCGACAUGGGCUCUGGCCGAGGAGUCCCCCAGAGUGCUCCGCCCGUGCCGUCCGGAGGCACCCACUUCCGUUUUCCCCCCUCCACACCAUCCGAGGUCCUCUCAUCCACAGAGGAGCUGCGCAGCCCGGGAAUGUUCAGCAGCGUGGGCCGCCGCAUGGCCCGCGGCUCCGUGAGCGACUGCAGCGACGGCACCUCCACCAACUCUGAGCUGGAGGAGGCUGUGGGUGCAGAGGACAGGGUUGGGGGUCCUGAGAGAGCUUUCAGGAGUCUCCUUCCCCCCCGCAUGCCUCAUGAGUCUCUGUUCAGGGUCUACGGUGGAGCCCCAAAUCCUGGGCUCCCCAGACCUGCUCCCAGAGUCCACCCAGAGCCUCUGUCCCCAUUCCCCAUCUCACCCCUACCCGGCUCUGGAGGUCUGCUGGCCCCAACUCUCUCCCCAGCCCUGUCUAUGACCCCCACCCCUCACCUCUCUUACACCCCGUCCCCCUCCAUGUCGUCCCCCAUGUUGGGCUCCCACUUCUCCUUCAACCCGGAGGACAUGAAGCACUACCUACAGGCUCAUACCCAGUCCGUCUACAACUACCACCUCAGCCCCCGAGCAUUCCUCCACUACCCCAAUAUCGUCAUCCCACAGCCCCACCGCCCCACCCCCGAGAAACCGGCCACUGCACAUCACCUCCACGGCCCACCCAUGCCGCUCUCUCAUUCCCUCAGUCAGCAGCCCGGAGGCGGAGAGGAAGGACACCAGCAUCCAUCGCCAUUCAAGUUCAAGCUGCAGCCACCUCCGCUCGGACGCAAGCAGAGGGAAGCGGGAAGCUCAAUGGCCGCUUCUUCCUCCUCCUCUUCCAGCCAGUCCUCCUCGUUUACAGGGUCCAGUCAGAUGACCAAUUCUCUGCUGAGCAGAGGGCCGCCUAAUAUCAAGGUGGAGCCCAUUUCAGACAUAGAGUCAGAAGAAGAUGUGGAGGUGACCGACAUCAGUGAGGAAGAUGAAAAGAAUCAUAACGAUGAGGACAAUGAAGGCGAUAUCUUCACACCGACAGCUGGCCACAACAAUCACCAUCAGCUAAACAACCAUCACCAGGCUAACGGAAACAGCAGCAGCCCCUCUGCUCCUCUUCCUCAGAACAAUAACCCCGACGAUGACCCCGACGAUGAGGUCUUCAAGACCCCCGCCACGCCUCCUAUCGGUGGGGGUGGUGGCCUGGCCUUCCCUCUGAUCAGUCUGAAGAGCGAGCCGGGGAGCCAAGCAGCUCCCAUCAGCCCCGGAGGCACGCGCUGCAUCCCGCUGAAACUUCGCUUCAAGCGCCGCUGGAGCAAAGACCAGAAGAUGGAGGCGGACGGAGAGAGGGACGAGGCAGAGGACAAGAAAGUGCGGGCUGAAGGCGAGGAGGAGGCGGAGAGAAGAGGAAGCGAGGUGGAGAACGGAGGAGGACGAGGAGAGGGGGUUAUUUUGGGGCUAAUGCUGCCGCCGCCUCCCACCCAGCGCAGAGCGAGCUCGGAGCUGCAGAGGGCCACAGCGCAGCUGUCUCUGGAGAACUCCGGCUGCUGAGCUCCACGCGUGCACAGGAUCUGACUUGGAGACAAGACCUCGGAUAGUCUCGUCGGUCCUCGCCAGCAGUAGUAAACGUAGCAGGAUUUGAUUUGACGCAAGAGUUCGUUUGAUGCUAAAAUGGAGACAAACGCUUAAAGGUUUAAUGCGCUUUGAUUUAGCUCUUCAGCUUCUAUGUGAACAUGCGUGUGUAUCAUAUGCAGGAAUGUGUGUUUUUGUGCAAUAAUUCGAGGAGUCGUUGGUCUCUUUUUCCUCGUACACUUCUUAAAUUGCAGAACAAAAUAUUUUCCUUCAUAUGAAACACCAACAUGUUCAAAUAGAGAGAAAAAUUUGGCGGCUUUGUUUCCGUUUUCGCAUCGUCACGUCUUUUGGCGGUCAGUACUGUCAGCAGGUAGCUGCUCGGCAUUAUGAUGUAUGUAAAAGCUUGGGUUGCCUCUAAUGUACAGUAAGGCGAGACGCCUCGCAUCUCACCAGAUGCGGUGGACGCAGUCUCUCCUGUGACUCGAACACUAAGAGAUAACCAAACUUAGAUUGUACAUGGAUUUUUGCCCACUUCUAUUUCUUUUAACAUUAGAGUUCUGCAGAGAGGGCGUCUGCUCUUUAAUAUCCAUUUGCACACUGCCUCAUCCAUCCCUCCACACCCUCACAGUGCCAUGGUUCCCCCCACAUCGCAUCUGUGCCCAGAUUACGUCUUUGAUGGGAUUAAUGGGUCCUUCUUCUGGAACUCUGAGACAAAAUACAAGGGUGCAAAGAUCCAGGUUGUAAGAAAGUAGAAUUCCCCUCUCUCCUUUGUACUCACCAUAACAGACAGUUCCUGAUUUUAAAAAAGGAAGAAAAAAGAGACUUUUAACCGCCCUGAUGGAGAUUAUAGAAGUGCCUCUCUGUCUGCACCCGUCACCUUGCAGUUCCUUACAGGACGGAGAGCUGCGAGCUAAAAAAGAGCCGACCUCGCUCCGAAGGAUCUUACGGACUUGAGGUGAUUAGAAAGAGCUCAGCAAUCAGCGGGGACACCACGGGACUGAGGGGCCUCCUCGUCCUCGGCUCGUUCGCUGUACAGACAAGAGAUGAACGAAGCUGAAAAGGAGAGGACUGUUUUCCUGACCCGUCGCACAAGAUUGUUUGCAAAUGAAUUCGACGUUGUACAGCAAAAAGCAUCCGGGUCUGGGAAGAGAGCGGCGGAUAUUUCUCUCCAAUUUUCUCUUCGGUUGUUGCGGAAAUGAGGAAGCAUCCACUAGCAAGGCUGUAAUUACACACACUCCCACAGAAACAAGUGUGUGUGUGUGUUUGUGGACCCAAAGCUGGUGCACUAACCUCGAGGAUACAGAGGGUUUCUCUGCUUUUUAUGUCCCUGCGUGACUUCGCACAAUCACCGAGGGGUUUUUGGAGGUUUGAUGGCGUCUGAUUUAAAAACUCUCGUCUGCAUUCCCCUGAUUUGUUUUUAGGACUUCUGUCAAAGGAUGUUUGUGCCUCUUGAGGACGUGGACAGUAUUUUAGGGCAUUUUUGCAGUGAUCUGAGGGCUUUCUGUGUUUUGGAUAUAAUCUGUUCACGUGAUGUUUUGUUUUUGUAUUUGAGAAGCAGCGAUUCGUCUAACGGCGGGGUGGGUGGGCGAACAAGAACGGGAACCAUGAAAUGAAUGUCGAGCAUCAAGGUUAACUCAGGCAAACCUUCACUGAGAUGUUGCUAUAACAGCUCAUUUUUAUGUCGUUUUAUUCAGAGUUUUAAACAGAAAUGUGCCCGUUUUAAAGAACAACAGGUAGAUUGUGCCUUUUUUUUUUUUUCUCGAGUUUUAUUGACCUACCCCCGGCUUAAUGUUUUAUCUCACACACUCACAGAGUACCACCAUGCCUUCUGCUUUUGUAAAAGAUACAGAAUAAGUAAAUCUACACAUAUAUAUUUUAUUCAAAUAUAUAUUGAAUUCAAAUAUUAUAUUUCAAUAUGGUCAUUUGAUACAAAUCAGGAGAAUCCUACUAUUUUUAAUGGUAAAGAUGUGUGUGUAUAUACUCUAAUGGGCAUAUUAUUACCAGUAUAAUUCAGCCUUUGCCUUCUCACCCUUGCCUUCUCUUUGACCGUUGAGCUGCAGCGACAAAAGGCCACUGGUAUCAGAGUUUUAUAUUUAUAUUGUUCAAAAAAACGGGGGGGAAGCAGUUAUUGUGUAUUCAGGGGACGGAGGGUGUGACUUGGAGAAAGGAGUGAACUUUUAACCCGGUGGUUCUCGAACUUAAAAGUUCACACCUCACACGUUUUUUUUGUUGUUGUUUUUUCCCUUAUCAAACUUUCAGGCAUCAAAUUUGUUCGUUUUAGUUCCACUUCAUGUUCCAUAGUUUGAGACCUGCUGAUUUAACCUGACCCGGGUUAACUCAUUAUGACUCUGUUAUCUGGUGUGUUUGUUUUAAUGCCCGUGGAGUGGCAGCUGGGUGGAGUUUAACCACCACAACACGGAGUCUGUCGCAAGAAAGGCAAAUUUAGGAGGGGUUGUCCUCCCGUUUGCUCGCUCUCCACCCGCCUCAAACUUAAAAAUCAGCUUAAAAGAGGUGAAGGUCGCAAAACAGGGAGCGGGGAACGGACUCGUGUGUUCAGGGCGCUUUCUGAUUGGACGGCACAGGUAUUCAGCUUCAUGUCGCCACAUGAGGUCAGCAGGGCCACAGCUGUGAUAGGACUGGACUUUGACUGAGGAUUCGAAGUUUUGUGUGUCUGUGCUGAUCUGAAGCCUACACACACACAGAGCUUCUACACACACACACAGUACGAUGGUUAGCGAGGCUUUACUGUGGCUACAAUAAAGGGAAACAUGACAUCACACCUGACAUCAGACGCCUCCGCAGUCUUUUGGCACUGCCAUAGAAACUGCAGCCAAUCACACGCAGCGAGGAAACUGCAUCAGUAAACCUCAGGGCAGAGUGGAGAGAGAGAGAGGGACUUCCCAUAAUCUGACUCGCUCAUUCUUGUCUGUGUGUGUGUGGUUUCUAUGGUUAAGCCGUUUACACACACACACACACACACACACACACACACACACACACACACACACACACACACACACACACACACACACACACACACAGAGCUUUUUAGCCCAGUCUGCAGAGAGUCUUGGUGCAGGUUUUAGUCCUGUUUGUCCAACCAGCUCCAGUCUCAAAUCCAUGUCCUAAACCAAUCAUCAGCUGUCUCCAUCAGGCACGUGGUACGUGUCCACAGGGGUGUUUUGGACACACUUUUGAAGUUGAUGAGCAAAAAUCCCACCAGCUCUGAUGAAGGACCCUGACAGCGUAGAGUCUGCAUAUCUGCUCACAUGCAUACAUUUACCUAAAGACAGAGCACCUCCGGCUUUCUCCAUUCAUUGCGUACAGCCUAGCGGGAUUGCCUGGAGCUUGAUUUGCUCUCACAGGUGUCACAGUGCACCAGGCACCCCUGAUUUGUUUAAAGCAGCCUCACCUUUGGUUUGGCACCAGAAACACCUGUGGCCUCAUUUUCAGGGCUCUUCUCUCGAGCAGUGUUGCUCUCUUAAAUCCCACUCCUCCUUAAAUUUGAUUGGUCAGAGAGAGAGGUCACAGUGAUGGGGAAAAACCUACACCGUAAACUCUGAGGGAACUUCAAGGACAGAUGUAGCAGUUAACACGAGUCUGGUAGAGGAAAAUAAAAACACCCGAACUGUUACACCUGUGCUGCCUUACCUGACAACAGAAUAACAGUUUCCCACCAGCUUCACAUUUUCACUCCUCAGCCUCAUCAGUGCUGUUCUUACCAUUUUUCUUCUGUAUUAUUUCAGACGUAUUACUGUUACUCUUGUAAUUAUUAUCUUAUUAACAUUAAUAAUUUUUUUUAAAUUGCAUUGUAUCCUCUCGCCACGACCCGGCCUCUUCUCCAUUAAUUCCUGGUUUUCUGUGAGUUUGCGCUCUUUCCGUAACUAGUCGGCUUCAGUGCAGUCUUUAUUUUUUAUUAUUUUUCUUUUAAUUACGCUGAUUUUAUAACCGUGUUACCGUGGACAGGAGCGGGGUCACAUUAACCCCCCCACGUGCUCUACAGCGAGGGGGUCAGACACAGUCAUUUUCAUUUUAUGAUGAUAUGUAUAUAUAUUUUCCCUUUUUUUUUUUGGAGGACUCUGUAAGAAAAAGAGCAUUGUACUGUUUAACCAUUUUAUUAUUUGCAACGUUUCCCCCUGUGUUUUCACUCGGGUCUCUGUCUCUCCUCUCAUGUCCACCUCAGCGGUGAGCGCUCACUCCAGAGGACAGACGGAGACUUGUUUUUUUUUUUAUGUCAUGGAGGAUCCACAUGUACUUCUGUUUCACUGCUAUCUGUUCAUCUUCAUUUGUAAUUAAAUAAUAAUCAGGGUUCAUUAAAAAAA